UCUCCCCACAGCUGCCGAAAGAGCCAAACUCUCUCACACCGCGCGCAUACUGCUCGCCCUUGCGCGUUAAUGUGUGGAGGGGGUACCUUGCUGCUCCAUUAGAAAAGCCGGAUCACAUACGCCACCGCAUCACUUUGCGGGCGGAGAUUGGCCUGUCCUCAUCUCUGUGACUCCUUCUUGUCUCAAUCAGUCACUGCGUGGUCUUCAUGGUUCUCAAACCACUGCACGGAGAGCCAGUCAUGCAAGCAACUCGGGCAUCCACUAUCAGUGUGUUUGCAGACUGCAGCAUCCCGGCCGGCCUGCGGAUAGGACCGGUGCCGGGCAUCUUCAAACUAGGGAAAUACGUUACUGAUCGCAAAGAGGUCGUAACCAAGAGAAAGAUUCGGCUGCUGAGGGGGGAAAUCGUGGAUGAAUCAGGUUGCCCUGUGCCAGACUGGAUUGGGUGUAUCCGGGCGGCCAGAAACAGUCAAGAACAGAACUUGGAGGCUGUCUCAGAUCUACCUAGUGGGCAGAUUUUCUAUCGUGUGCUGACGGAGAUCCCAGCAGGCGAGGAGCUGAGUGUGUGGUACUCCAACACUCUGGCUCAGUGGUACGACAUCCCUACCACUGCCACUCCAACACACGACGAGAAAGGUGAAGAACGCUACAUUUGCUGGUACUGCUGGAGAAUAUUUAAAUAUCCCAACACACUCAAGGCCCACGUCCAUUUCCACUGCGCUCUGAGCAACGGGCGGAGCUUUGUGAACAGCGAGCAGGCCAGGAGCACAGACAGCUUCAGCAGGUCACCCAAAUCCGGGGACAUUCCCUACACCUCCGCCUCGCCCAGGAACGGCCACAACACCUCCAUCUCAGACUCUGUCAGACGGACCGUGUCUUCCUCACCCUUCCUCAACAAAGCGGGGGUAGCAAAGAAACCCAGCUCUGAGGAGCAGGACAGAGCACUUGACAUGAGCGUUACCUCGGCCAGAAACCACGGACAUCUCAUGGGCCUUGGCGCAACGUCUUCAAUGUUGAGCAACAUGGGGUUCCACCCAGGCGUGCGCUCUGCAUUCAAGCCCAUGGGCCAAUCCAAGGUCCCCYCGGCUGACGUCUACAYAGAGGAAACUAAUGGGAAGCAUAAUGGACUAGGCUUCAGCAAACUCCUGGGGAACAUGAAAUCYACGCGAGCCUUGAAUGAACCUUUYACCGGAAGCCAUCCCUCCAAGUGCGUCCAUCCAUUAGAUUCCAUAUCUCCCGUGGUCCCGUGCGCAAACGCCGUCAGGGGUUUUCCGUUAAUACCUAAUUURGAGGAGACAUCGGCUUUCAAGCACGUGGAGAGCCGYAUGKACUCUGGACUGUCCCCCUCGCGRUARUCUCAGAUGUCCUCUGGAUUCCAWWUUGAGAGGUUUUCUCUGCCUCAGUURGAUGGCGUCAAGCCAUAUAAUGGAGAUUGCAAUAUCCCCCUCAUGCCAUUCACCGUGUACAAUGGCGAGCUGCUUUAUAGUUCACCKUACUACCCACUGAAAUUCCAUUUUAGCAAUCUCCUAAAAUACCCGGAGWCWAUGUCCUACUUUGGCGCACCUGCACUCAACCAAGACCUGYGUUCAAUAACCAACAUUGACAGGGAGAUAGCCAUGCACACUCAACAGUUGUCUGAAAUAGCCGURGAAAAGAACCGAYCRAGGCUCGACUCRWUGCCCACUGCUAACACAGGCUCAGGGAAGCRCAAAAAGGGACACUUAUGUCUUUACUGUGGUAAACUGUACUCUCGYAAAUACGGACUCAAGAURCACAUGAGAACUCACACAGGGUACAAACCARUGAAGUGCAAAGUUUGUUUUCGGCCCUUCGGUGACCCCAGCAACCUGAAUAAGCACAUCCGUCUSCACGCGGAGGGGAACACRCCGUACAGGUGCGAGUUCUGUGGCAAGGUACUGGUGCGCCGGAGGGAUUUGGAGCGUCAUGUCAAAUCAAGGCACCCUGGACAAACAAUAAAAAAAGCUGAGGACAAAACCGAGGGCAUAUUCGAGGAUCAAGAGCAAAAGAGCGACAAUGACAGUGACGUAGAUGUAUGCUUCACCGAUGAUCAGAGCGACCAAGAAUCCAGUAAAAUAGAUGAUUAAUUGAGAUUUUGACACAUAUAGGGGCUAUGGCAAAGACGGCACAAUGUUUUGUGAAAUGGUUACAGGUUACCUGUACAGAUUUCUGUGUAAUUUAUGUUUUCCCCAAGGAACGAAAGUUAUUUAUGUAUGUUUUAAAGUUAUUGAAAAUGUAAUUGUUUUUUAUUUAAAAAAAAUCAGAUUAGGACUAGACAAGUUUCAAAUUACAGCCUUUUCUUUUACAACAAUGUCUAUUCGUUUCAGAUGGAACAAAGUAUAGGCAGUAUGAUUUCAGAAUUGUAUAAUAUCACAGCUGAUGAUAAUGCAUUUCUUUGUUUAUAUGCUAAUUGGUAGCCAAUAUGUUUCCCAAAUAGAGGCCGGCUGCACUUUAAAACAGUUAUGAACAAUUCAUUGUCAAGCCAUGUAGGUCAAGUGUUUAAACACUGAAUAUCACACUUACUGCUAUUUUUUCAUCCAUUUGAAUUACAAUAACUUAAAUGUUGCACUUUCUUGCGAGGGCAUUUAAUUGUUUUAGGACAAAGUUGAGAAGGACGGCAAAUAUUUAUAGCAGUUAGUACCAAUCCAUUAUUUAAGGAUCUUGUUUAUAGUAGAAAAUAACAUCUGAUUUAAAAAGCAUCAUGUACAAAUGUAAGAAUAUGAUAUUUCACUGUUCAGUGAAAAAGUGUUGUACGUUUGUUCAUAAGUGAUAUUGUAUAUUGACAAUAUUUUCCUCUUGUUCACUGAGUUGUUCCUUUUUAAUAAAUGUAAUUUAAAACUUUGAAA